UUUUCCGGUAAAUUGCACAGAUUGAUUUUGAAUGUCAUGUCUGUAAAGGUGUCCAGUUAGAAUAGAUACUUUUAAAUGUUUUGGAUUAGAUAGUGUAUAUUUUAUAAAUUCGAAACCUUUCAAAGCCUGUCUGUAAGAAGCCCUUGGAAAAUUAUCGACAAUAAAAUUUGAACACGAGUAGGUACUUUAUCUAUGAAGCGGCAAUAACAAAUAAACCAUCGUUAAAAAGGAGGAGAUUUCAAACUUAUCGGAAAGCUAAAAUGACCACCUUCGCUGUGAAAUCUGACUUGGACGCCGCGCAUGCUUUAUUGGAUCUCCAAUGCGAUCAACGCGAAAACCAUUUUGUUCAAGCAGACAGACGUCCGCGUGGUAUAGAAAAUAUGGAAUCCUCAACGUCGGCGAUUGCAAAAAUAUUAAAUAGUCUUAUUGGAACCAAGGUGACGACGCAUCCUCCUCAUACCAGUACACCAAAAGCCAAAUAUCUACCGAAACAUUCAAAAGAAUCGACCAAAGAAAGAAAAUACAUACCAAAGAAACAAUUCUGUGAUCAAGGCACUCAGACUGAUUUUGACUUGUACUUACCAGAAAUUGAAAAAAUGGAGACCAUUAUACAACAACUCUGUAAGAAAAUAGAAAAAUUAGAAAAUCAAUUGAAAACAAAAAAUCCUGAAACACUAUCUCCAGCUUUCGAACAAACCUCUUACGAACAAACGUCAGAUGUUUCAAGUGAAGAGUAUUCAGAUGCUAAGAACAAGCGGAAAUCACAUAAACGGAAGAGAAAUGUGACUAUGACUACUGAUUUGAGUUCAAUUGGAGGCUACGAUUCAAGUUACAAAGAACGCGAGGAUUCUCUUGAACGUGACGUGAAAGCUUGUAGAGAUUACAAAAGAGCUUUAAAACCCAAGACUAACGUCAAGAUUAAUAAUGACUUGGUGCCUAUUGGAGACGGAAACGCCGAAGUACCAGCGAGGCUGAUGAAGAAUAUGGAUUGGACAUCUUACACGAAUGCCACUCGAAAACUAUUGACUGCAGUAUUUUCACGAACGGUCCUCGCAACUCACUCGUUGACAGGAAAGCCAUCCCCAGCCUUUCCCGACAAACCAGCCAAAAAGAAGCUUGAUCCAGCGCUCGUGAACGAUAUCGUUCAAACUGUUGUUGAAAGAUGUCGUGUCCCUGAAAAUGUUGUUCGAACAAGCAUAACAACGAAAUGCGCGGACGAAAGUAAAAUGUUCCGAACACGCCAACAAAAUAAAAAGAGGAAAUCAGCGAAAAAAGAAAAUAUAUCUCCAUCCGAUGAAUCAGAUGACUCCUAUUUUUCUAAUUAAGAAAAAUAUAAUAUAUCCAGCCUUAAUGGAAUUUUCAAGGUGAAUGGUGUGCUGUGUUGCACCCGCAUAUUACAAUGCGAUCGUAGGCAAUGGACGCCU